UGCUCCUGGGAUGCACACCUAAGGCCUUCGUGGGACCUCUUGACCCCGCCCCUGGAGCGACGGGCUUAUUUGCAUGGCCCCGCCUCAGAGCGGUCAUUGGCAGCGGUGGCGGGAGGCCGGGCCUGAGUGGCUGCGCCGCCUGUGGGGACGCGGGGGCGGGGCAGGCACUGAGUGCCUGAGAUGCUGCUGCUGCUGCUGCUGUCGCUGCUGUCGCUGCCUCUGCUGCUGCUGCUGCGGGACGGGUUCGGGUCCGAGUCUGUCUUGGCGGGCACGGAGCUUGGGACAACCCGUGAUCCGGUGGUAGCAGCAAGAGCACACUGAGAACCAUGUCCAGGAAGAAGACCCCCAAGAGCAAGGGGGGGAGUGUGCCGGCUGCCUCUACGCUGCCAGCCGCCGCCAACGGGCCACGUCUGGCACAUCCCAGGACUGCGCGCCCUGGCCCAGAGGCACCGCCCAACGGGCCCCCGCAGUCCGGCCGGCCCUCACUUGGUGGCACUGGAGACUUCUACGACGUUGCUUUCAAGGUCAUGCUGGUGGGGGAUUCUGGUGUGGGGAAGACCUGCCUGCUUGUGCGCUUCAAGGAUGGGGCUUUCCUGGCUGGUACCUUCAUCUCCACUGUGGGCAUCGACUUCCGGAAUAAAGUUCUGGAUGUGGAUGGCAUGAAGGUGAAGCUGCAGAUCUGGGACACAGCUGGUCAGGAGCGGUUCCGAAGUGUCACCCAUGCCUACUACCGGGAUGCUCAUGCACUGUUGCUGUUCUAUGACAUCACCAACAAAGAUUCCUUCGACAACAUUCAGGCCUGGCUGACAGAGAUCCAAGAAUAUGCCCAGCAGGACGUGGUCCUCAUGCUGCUGGGAAACAAGGUGGACUCUACUCAAGAACGUGUGGUAAAGAGGGAAGAUGGGGAGAAACUAGCCAAGGAGUAUGGGCUGCCUUUCAUGGAGACCAGCGCAAAGACAGGCCUCAACGUGGACUUAGCUUUUACAGCCAUAGCAAAGGAGCUGAAACAAAGAUCCCUGAAAGCUCCCAGUGAGCCCCGCUUCAGGCUGCAUGACUAUGUGAAGAGGGAGGGCCAAGGGGUUUCCUGCUGUCGACUCUGAACCUGGCUGAAUCUCGGUUCCAUGCUGGAGGAAGCAGCUCUGUGAAUCAAGUGUCUUCCUUUUCAAGACACUCAAGGCUAAUGCUCUCACACCCUUCACCCCAGUGGCUGGCACAGAAAUGGUCUUGAAGCAUACAAACCAUCCCACAGCACAUUGCUGCCCUCUAGUGGGCACCUCCAGAAAAGAGGAUGGAUAUAUAGUGCCCCUUGAAAAGCCAUGCUUACUGCACCCGGCCCAGGCAGGCUCCACCCAGGACUGAAGGCAAUGUUAAUCUUCGUUGUUGGGCUGCUUCCACCUCACUAGGAGACUCUGAUGUAGGAAGCCACAGGGAGAUCAGGAUAGAACCAUGUCACUACUUAGCAGGCUAGCCCAGUCCUCCCCUCCACCCUGUACUAAAGUCCCCAAACCACCAAUGUUGAGUGAAAACUGGUCCUCAAAGUCCCUAUUAAUAAAGGUGUUUCUGGAGUUUG